AUGUUGAAAGCAUAUCUUGCCUUAUUUGUAUGCUUUUCAACUAAAGCAGUUCAUUUAGAACUCGUGUCAUCUCUCAAUGUAGAGGCAUUUCUAUCAACCUUGGAUAGAUUUAUUGCAAGAAGAGGUUUACCCCAAGAGAUUUGGUCAGAUAACGGUAAAAAUUUUGUAGGUUCUGAGCGUUAUAUUUCUGAAGUUAGUCACUUUUUAGGUCAAAAUAAUUCAGAUAUUUCCGAAAAAUUAGUAUCUAAAUCUAUUAAAUGGAAAUUCAUCCCCCCAUAUGCUCCUCAUUUCGGUGGCCUCUGGGAGGCCGGUGUGAAGUCGGCGAAAAGACUUCUUUUCAUAAUGUUGGGCACAACUGCCUGUAUAUUUGAGGAAUUGGCAACAAUUUUUGCUCGUAUUGAAGCUGUACUAAAUAGUAGACCGAUAUAUCCAUUAUCUACAGACCCCUCUGAGUCUGUCGAUUUUCUUACUCCAGGACAUUUCCUGAUAGGUGCCCCCCUCUUAUCUAGUCCCGAGUUAUCCUAUGACGAGUUCAAAACUCCUCUCAAUCGUUGGGAACAACAUAAAAAAUUAUUCCAACAGUUUUGGAAAAAGUGGUCAAGUGACUAUUUGCAUACCAUGCUUCAACGCAAUAAGUGGCAUUCAGAAAAUGUUUGUCCGUCUGAAGGAGAUUUAGUCCUUGUAAAGGGCGUUGAAUCAAGUCCUGCCACUUGGCCUAUCGGGCGUAUAUUGAAAUUAUAUCCAGGACCUGAUGGUAUAAUUCGUGUAGCAUCUGCUAAGACCGCAACUGGUCAAUAUACGAGAGCGCUGACAAAAUUGGUGCCUCUCAACCUUUAA